AUGGGUGCCGUCUUGAAAGGCUUCUGUAUGGUCACAGAGAUUAUAUGGCCACCUCGUCUGCGUCUGAGGAUGGAGGACGCCCGAGUGAAGAACAUGCUGCCGUCGUACACCCUUAUCCCAGAUGACUUGUCGGAUUCUGAACUAGAAGCAGAGACCUACACUUCGUCACGCGAGGAACACUCAAGAGAAGGUGGUGGUAAUACAAUGGAAGCCACAAUUCGAGUUCAUAUUAAAGACGAUCAACAGGAUGCUACAUUAGACAUUUCACAGAUCGCAGCACAUGGCCGAAACAAAGCGAGUACUAGAGGAGCUACACACACCAGAUCUGUAUCAAGUCAGGAAAAAGGCGAUACUCCUAAUGAAACACCGUCCAAGAAAACACCGUCCAAGACGCCAGUCACCCCGUCACUGAAACACAAGAAAUGA